UCAUGUGCCUUUCCCCAUGUUCUGACUCAGCAUAAAGGGCCACUUCAGAUAACAGAAGCAGUGUUUUAUAACAUGAGGGCUGCACUCAGUAAAGGUAGUUCCACUCAGACAGGCAGCUGCCCGGUCAGCCAUGGCUCUCCUGUCCGUCCUCACACCCGUCCUUGCGCUGGUGCUGUGUCUGGUGGUAGGCUUUCUGUUUCUGAAAUCUCGGGCUCCAGAGACCAGUCCGAGAGGAGCUGAUCAACCCGAGGGUCCCUCAAAAAAGGACUUCAGACCCUGGGUGGAUCAGGACUUGCAUGAUGACACAGAAAUAACAACAGGAGGAGGAGAUGAAUGGGUGGAACAGGAUGAAGAGAAGGACCUCGCGCAUGUGCCCUAUUCACCACAGCGUUACCCAGAGGAGAUCAUGCUGCAGAGGUCCAAGGAUUUUUACUCCUUGAUGAACCAGCGGAGAUCUGUCCGAUUCAUCAGCCCAGAGCCCGUCCCACGAGAAAUCAUCAAUAACAUCAUCCUCACUGCAGGGACCGCACCAAGUGGAGCUCACACAGAGCCCUGGACGUUUAUUGUUGUGUCGGAUCUGGAGACAAAGCACCAGAUCAGACUGAUUGUGGAGGAAGAGGAGGAAGUGAACUACCGCCAGAGGAUGGGAGAUAAGUGGGUCCAUGAUUUGGCCAGGUUAAGGACAAACUGGAUUAAGGAAUACUUGGAUGUUGCUCCAUACCUGAUCCUUGUUUUUAAACGGGCUUAUGGGAUUCUACCAAAUGGCAAGAAAAAGACCCACUAUUACAAUGAAAUCAGUGUCUCCAUAUCCUGUGGGAUCCUGCUGGCUGCUUUACAGAAUGUGGGCCUUGUUACUGUCACCACGACACCCCUGAACUGCGGCCCACGGCUCAGGCUCCUCCUCAAACGGCCGGCCAACGAGAAGCUGCUGAUGCUGCUUCCUGUGGGUUAUCCGGCAGCUGACGCCACUGUGCCAGACUUGAAACGCAAACAUCUGGAGGAGAUCAUGGUGCCCGUCUGAACAAAUCAGAGAAUAUAACAUCUGGAAAAGUGGUCAACAAAUACCUUUAAAACCCAAUUGCUACUUCAAGGUGCAUAGAAAAAAUAAAGUUUGUUUUAGUUGCUAUUGUUGUAUCAGUUGCUGAUCAAAUGACACAAACUAAUUCCAUAUGAAUUUAGCCCAUAUUUUUCCACAAAAUUGUGUGUAAUAAUGUUUCAGUGGAUUUUCUGGUGGAGAAAGGACAUUUUCCAGCAUUUUGUGAAAUAUUUUCUCUGUGGUGCAUUUUUAUCACACAAGGAUAAAAAUCAAUUAUGUAUAUGAGAAAUCAUAAGAUCCACCUUUAAAGCAUGUUGCGUUACUUUUCUACUUUUAUGAAUAAAGUAAGGGUACAAAGUA